GGCACCGCGAGCCCCGCCCCGCGCCUGCGUCGGGUGAAGUGGGCUCCCUGGCGAAGGCAGUGCAGGUCAGACGCCAUGUGGCGCUGCGGCGGGCGGCCGGGCCUGCUGACGCUGAGGCGGCUGGGCGGCGGGCAUGCAUACCACAAAGCGUGGCGAUGGAGCAGUACCCGGGCUUGUGAGAGGGCUCUGCAGUAUCAAGUGGGAGAGAAAAUCCACGGCUUCACCAUAAACCAGGUGACAUCUGUUCCUGAGCUGUUCCUGACUGCAGUGAAGCUCAGCCAUGAUGUCACAGGAGCCAGGUAUUUACACCUGGCCAGAGAAGACACAAAUAAUCUGUUCAGCGUGCAGUUCCGCACCACUCCCAUGGACAGCACUGGAGUUCCUCACAUCCUUGAGCACACUGUCCUCUGUGGGUCUCAGAAAUAUCCAUGCAGAGACCCUUUCUUCAAAAUGUUGAACCGCUCCCUCUCCACGUUCAUGAACGCCUUCACAGCUAGUGAUUACACCCUGUAUCCAUUUUCCACACAAAAUCCCAAGGACUUUCAGAAUCUCCUCUCGGUGUAUUUGGAUGCCACUUUUUUCCCAUGUUUACGAGAGCUGGAUUUCUGGCAGGAAGGAUGGCGGCUGGAACAUGAGAAUCCCAGCGACCCCCAGACGCCCUUGGUCUUUAAAGGAGUCGUCUUUAAUGAGAUGAAGGGAGUGUUUGCAGACAAUGAGAGGAUAUUCUCCCAGCACCUUCAGAACAGACUUCUUCCCGACCACACUUACUCAGUGGUGUCUGGGGGCGACCCAUUGUGCAUCCCGGAGCUUACGUGGGAACAACUUAAGCAAUUUCAUGCCACUCACUAUCACCCAAGCAAUGCUAGAUUCUUCACGUAUGGUAAUUUUCCAUUAGAACAGCAUCUGAAACAAAUUCAUGAGGAAGCACUGAGCAAAUUUCAGAAAAUUGAACCCAGCACUGUGGUGCCAGCUCAGACGCCCUGGGACAAGCCAAGGGAAUUCCAGAUAACAUGUGGCCCGGACUCACUUGCUGCAGAUCCCUCUAAACAAAGAACCGUCAGUGUUAGCUUCCUCUUACCGGAGUAAGUAUAUGCUGCCAAAGCUCAUAAAAAACACAAACAUCAGGAAAUAUUCAGAUCAGAAGGUUCAGAAGUGAGUUCUGUAAUUGCAUGUAAAUUAAUAGACGGGAUUCAGGAGUUAAGUGGGUUCUAGGAAUAAAGAACAAAAUGUCAGGUUUUAAUGCCCAGAAUGG